UGUAAGAUAUAUAGGUAAUUUGAUUGCAUAUGUAUAGGCAACCAAAUGAACGAGAUUGAUGUAAUUACGCUCUAAUUGGGAUCGUUUAGGGUCGGAUAAAAAUCGCCGUGUAUAUGAAAUAUGAGGGCAUUUCGCGUGCGGCACGAUUGAAGGGCGAUGAAGAGGAGGAGAAAGAGGUGAAACGGGGGGCGGCCGGAGCAUCGCGUAGUUGCGGAGGCGGCGAAACGCGCACCAGUUUCCAAGCGCCGCGAAAUGCGAGCGCAUCGUUUACACACCGAGAUUCAUUUAGCGCACAUUCGAAAAAGUAGUCGUUUUAUUUUUCGUCUUCGAGGAAAUGAAAUAGAAAUUUUCGGAACUAUGAUGAUUCCUCGGAAUGCAGCCUAGUCAGAGCCGCGUUCGCGGAAUCUGAAAUUUGUGGAGCCUUUGCAUACGGGCCAGAAACGAGGCGAAGGAGGAGGAGGAGGAGGAGGUUAAGAACGAGAAGAGAGCGGAAUAGGAACGGACGAGCCGGUGACCUUCGCACAUUCGCAGACAUGAAAGGGACCAAAAUCGAGCUCGAGGAACGCCGACAUUGCCAUCAUCAUCAGCAGCAGCAGAUCGCCAAACGCAACUGUGAACUGGACGAGUAUUCCACCUACACCACCAGUAAAUACUGCAACAGUUAUUCAUUUCGAUUUGAGAAGCCUUACCGUAGGAAUGUUGAUAAACCUAAUUUAUCGGUAACGAAGAUUGAAUUUCCUAGGGGAGUGCCUGCGUUGAACACUGGCACUUCGCUGGCGAGGUGGGCGCAGAAGCGCGCGAAAUUCAAACAUAAAUCGAAACCGGCGGUACCAGAAGUGUUUGAGGAUUCAGAGGAACCUUUGCUUGAGAUUAAUAAUAAUGAUAAAAGCCCCUCAGAGCUGCAAGAUGUGAAUGAUGAGACUGAGGAGGAGAUCGACUACGAUGUUGCGCAACUCAUACUUGCCGCUGCCGAUUUCCACGAGGUAGAGGAGGCAAUGGAGAAGGAAAGGCCGCAGAAGAAGCGGAAAUCCAAAGGAGUUAGAUUUGCGCUUUCCAAACCACAGAGUCCUCAGAGUAUACAGGUGAUCAGGGUGGACGUCACUUCGAGUUACGAGGAGGACGAGAGCAGUUGCGAGGACUAUAGGGAACGAUUCCAGAAUUUGGUGGAUGAACAUGAAGAUGACGAUAAUGGCAAGGAUAACAAGGAAUUCGAGAUCGUCUGUCAAAAGUUGGCGUUACUUCCGCGCGAAUGAUAACUGAAAUUAUUCCAAUUAUA